AUGAUAAACGAGCAUGUAUUAAUUCUACGACGAAUGUUGGAACUUUGCAAAAUUCAAUUUGCACAUUUAGAUCGAUUUACAUCCAAUAUUCAUUUAUUCAAUCGUAGUCCUAAUCAAAGCAAUGCGCUAUCAAGUCAAGAUGUUCAACAAACAUUCAAAGAUUCUAUGAAUAAUCAAAUUAUUUAUUGUGAAGAUUAUUUCGAAGAAAACCAGAAAGAAGCCUGGCAAUACUCGGUAAAAAAAAACACAGAAGCAACUUAUUAUAAUAGCUGUCUUUACCACGAUUAUACGUGCCCAACGAUUAAUUCAAUGGCUGGUGUGGCUAAGUUAUGUGAUGGAAAUAUUCUUACUAAAUCAAAUAAAAUAGUUAAUCUUACCGAUAAGACAUAUAAAAGAAAAAUAAUCGGUCUUUAUUUCAGUGCUCAUUGGUGUGGACCAUGCCGUAAUUUUACUCCACUAUUAAGCGAACUCUAUCAAGAGUUUCAUAAAGAAAAGAAUGUUGAAAUUAUUUUCAUAAGUCAUGAUCAUGAUGAAAAAUCAUUCCAUGACUAUUAUAUGAGUAUGCCUUGGCUAGCCUUAAAUUUCAAGGAUCGAAAGAAGAAAGAGGAGUUAGCAAAAAAACUUCAUGUUAAACAAAUUCCAAAAUUAGUUUUACUUGAUGGUGAUUCAGGAGAAGUUAUUUGUACGAAUGCAGUUGAUCAAAUUCUAUAUCUGGAUCCUGAAGGAAAUAAUUUUCCGUGGAGAUCAAGGCACUAA